CAUUCAUUAUUGUUGACAGCGUGGUCGCGCAAAUUAUACGUGGGUUGUUCUACUUCCUUCUCUGCUGAGAAAAAAAAAUAUGGCCAUGGCUAAUGAGUUUGCGAGCACCACCAAAGCCACCUCCAUGGAUGAAGCCCUAGAAAUCGACCGCUACUCCGGCGAUGGGCUCGAUGACGACGGUCGACCAAAAAGAACAGGGACGAUGGUGACCGCAAGCGCUCAUAUCAUAACAGCCGUUAUUGGUUCUGGGGUGCUUUCGCUGGCAUGGGCCAUAGCCCAAUUGGGCUGGGUUGUCGGGCCUACGGUCCUCAUAGCCUUCUCCCUCAUCACUUGGUUCUGCUCAAGUUUGCUUGUUGAUUGCUACAGGUCUCACGGCAAGAGGAACUACACGUACAUGGAUGUUGUCAGAGCUAAUCUAGGUGGGAUGAAGUUCAGACUGUGCGGAUUCGCCCAAUACUUGAACCUCGUUGGUGUGACCAUUGGCUACACAAUCACGACGGCAAUUAGCAUGGGAGCGGUUAAAAGGUCGAACUGUUUCCAUAGGCACGGGCACGACGCAGACUGCGACGUGUCACAUAUCCCCUACAUGAUCAUCUACGCGUGCCUCCAAAUCGUGCUCUCCCAAAUCCCCAACUUCCACAAGAUUUGGUGGCUCUCCAUCGGGGCAGCUAUCAUGUCCUUUGCCUACUCCUUCAUUGGCCUUGGCCUCUCCGUCGCGACGAUCGCGGGUUCAGAGCGGGGUCAUGAGGUGAGGACCACUCUCACUGGGGUCACAGUAGGAGUCGAUGUGUCUGGAAGUGAGAAAGUGUGGAGGACAUUUCAGGCUCUCGGAGAUAUAGCAUUCGCUUAUUCUUACUCCAAUGUGCUCAUUGAGAUACAGGAUACUCUUAAAUCACACCCCCCAGAGAACAAGGUCAUGAAGAAAGCCUCCUUCAUAGGAGUAUCAACCACAACCGUCUUCUACAUGCUCUGCGGUGUCUUAGGCUAUGCUGCAUUUGGCAACAAAGCCCCCGGCAAUUUCCUCACUGGGUUUGGCUUCUAUGAUCCCUUCUGGCUUGUUGAUAUCGGCAAUAUCUGCAUCGCCGUCCAUCUAAUUGGUGCAUACCAGGUUUUCUGCCAGCCAAUCUUCCAGUUCAUAGAGACCUCAGCUCGCAAUCAAUGGCCAGAUAACGCAUUCAUCACAACCGAACACACCGUCAAAAUCCCUUUAAUUGGCGUUUAUUCCUUCAACUUCUUUCGACUCAUUUGGAGGACUGUAUAUGUGAUAGUGACAGCAGUCACAGCGAUGAUCUUCCCUUUCUUCAAUGAUUUCUUGGGAUUAAUCGGAGCUCUUGCUUUCUGGCCUUUAACGGUUUAUUUUCCCGUUGAGAUGUAUAUCGCUCAGGCAAAGAUUCCUAGGUUUUCGACGGUGUGGACAUGGCUUAAAAUCCUCAGCAUGGUUUGCUUUGUAGUUUCAAUAGGGGCAGCUUGUGGAUCAGUACAGGGACUGAUACAUUCCCUUAAGGACUACAAGCCCUUCAGAGGUGUUUAAUAUGUUGAAGAGUGUGUCAAUGGAGAUGCUCGUUCUUCAUUCCCUUCUUCCUUCAGACAUGCAAAGGUAUCUUUUAUGAAUGAAUCGGUAGCAGAAACCAUCCACAAUUCAACCAACCUUGAAGCAUUUUGGUUCACACAUUUUGGCAGGAAAGUUUAACUGUGAUAUUCUUGUAAACCUAUUUGUAUCAAACUAUCUUGAUGCAAUCAUGUUCUGUAUUAUGGUCUAAUAAUGAGUUAAUUUAGGUC